AUCAAAGAUGUUUUUGUGCCCAAGGAGCAGAACUCCCGUCGUUGCGGUUUCGUUACCUUCCAUUACGAGGAGUCCGUGGAUAUGGUGCUUGAGGCAGCGUUGCACUGCUUACAUGGGACUCAAAUAACAGUUUCUUUGGCCAGGCUUAAGCGAUCUGCGGACAAUGGGACGACGGGCGAAUCCCGCGGCUUCGGCUUUGUCACCUUCGCUAACAUAUUGGCAGCUAAGGUAGUCCUGGAGACCUGCCACUUCCUUGGCGCCUGUCGACUGAACGUCAGGCCUGCGGGUUGCCCUGGAAAAACUCACCGCAAGGUGUGGGUUGGCGACAAGAGCAGUAUGGUCCUGUCUGGUACCGAAAAUAGAACAUCAGAAAAGUCAGCAGUCGACAUCGACCCCGAAGAUCUAACCAUUUAUGUUGGUCAACUAAAACCUCAAAUCACCGAUUAUACGCGCAGGACUUACUUUUCCGAGUUUGGCACUGUCGAAGAGGCUGAAGCAAUAACCAAUAGGGUGACGGGUGAAUCCCGGGGCUACGGUUUUGUCACCUUCACUGCCAGGCGGGCUUUUGAGAGAGUUCUGGAUACCUGCCACUUCCUCAAUGAGUGUCGACUGAACGUCAGGCCGGCAGCUGCCUGCAGAAGGAAACCGUAA